AUGUGAUCAGCUGUGUCCAGGGAAAUGCCGAUUAUCAGUACUGAUGAUCAGUGUGCCCUGAUGAUCUGUGUAGCUCCAGCCGCGCCACAUGUCAGUGUCCAUCAGUGCUCAUCCAUGCCACCUGCCAGUGCCCAUCUGAGCUGCCUUUCAGUGUCACCCAUCAGUGCAGUCAGUGCCAGUCCGUGCUGCCUAUCAGUGCCACCUAACAGUGCCAGUCAGUGCCGCCUAUCGGUGCCAUAGAUGAGUGCUGCCUUUCAGUGCCCAUCAGCGAUGCCUGUCAAUGCACAUCAGUGCCACCUACCAGUGCCUCCUCAUCAGUGCCACCUAUCAG